GGGGGGGGGCACAUAUAUUUGUAAUAGGUACUAAGUCAGUGUCAGAUUCAUACUGUACACAUACAUGUCAAUACUACACAUCGCCGGAGGAAACUUGACAAAUAAAAGAAUGGUAUUCAUAUUGCAAAACCAAUCUUGAGGAAAGUCUGUUCAAUUUUAAAGACUAUGUUACUUUCCAAAUCCACAAAUGCCAAAAUAACAUCUUUUGUGUUUUUAAAUCUCCAUGCAAAUGUAGGCUGUUGUUUAAAUUAUUCCCAUGUAACAGGUGUUACCUAUAAUUAAAAACACCGUACAUUGCAAUAUUACAUACAUUACACAUAAAUUAGUCUAGAAUACCAAUAAACACAUAAUGCAUGACUCCCCUUAUGGUACUGUAACCAUGGAAACACUGCCCACUUGAACAAACAUAUGCAACAUGUUUACCUGCGCACACCCUUCAAAGGCAAACAGAGUGACAAAACCUCAGGAACCGAUUGGUAUUUCUCAUGAGUGGAAUUUCCGCCUUUGUCUGGAGAUGAGCAAUACAGCAAAAAUCUUUGUAUCACACCAGACUAACUGAGCCAGAGCAGGAAGUGAUGAAUGCAAACCACAAGUGUCUCUCUUUUACUGCAAGCAAAUUGGUUUUUCUACAGCAAGCUGAGAGGAUUUAGUGUUUGUCAUGGAUGUACAACGUGGACACUGCUGGCGUUGUGAAAAAGUUCUCCCACAGCAGAUUUUGGCUUGCCAUCGUUGCAACAUGGCAGUGUACUGCAGUAAAGCCUGCAGGAGACGAGACGAGGCAAGACACAGCUCUGUGGAGUGCCAGAUGUUUAGUCCACGACAGUGUGAAAAUUGUGCAAAAACUGCUCCAAGUAUGAGUGAGUGUGCAGGGUGCAACGAUGCUUGGUACUGCAACAGAAACUGCCAACGGACUGACUGGAAAUCCCAUAAGUCAAUAUGCAAGGAAGUUCAGGCUUCAAUAAGAUCUUUGGCAGAGACACUUCAGCUGAGACGCUCUCCAACUGACAAGACAAGUCGUGAUUUUCCUUAUUACAUAGGGAACAUCAUUGCCAUAGACCUCCUUCAACUUGACAACAAUGAAAUGAAAGCUGAGGUGAUGGGUGAUGAAUUGUCUAGAGAUUACCAUAUUCUAUCUGUUGGUUGUGGAAACCUGCGUAACAUGGUUCUGACAGCUGGCUCCCUACCUGACGACUACCAGGGAAAACUCCACAUCACCCUCAAUGACUAUGACCCUUUUGUGAUGGCCAGAAAUGUCCUGCUUCUCUUCAUGUUGGUCCGCUUUGCAGAUGAUGACGACGUUGCUUCCAGUUUGACGACCAUCUGGUACUCACUCCAUCUUCCAAAGAGAGAGUACGACAUGAUCAAGACUAGCUUAGAUGAACUCAUUCAGAGUAAUGCUAAGCAGAUCUUUGAUGCCACCAAAGGUCUGGUGAAAGUCCUGGAAGAAGACCUAAGCCCUAUGAGGAAGAUUUGGGAACAGUGGCAGUCAAUGGAAUGCCAACGAGACAAGAGUAACUCAAUAAAUCUUGGAGAACAAAGGAAGGUGCUUUUUCAGAAUGCAAAUAUGGCACACAAUUUAUCUAACUAUUUUGAAGAGUUGUCUGGGACCGAGAAAAAAAUGGUGAAACAUUGGUUUGACCAUGCACUGUUUUUCCCAACUGAAAGAAAACAGAAAAACAUCCCAUUUGACAAUCCAACUCUAACUGGGCGUCAACCUGCAUUUACAGCCACAUCCCAAAGUCCAGAAGAGUCCCCAUUCGUCUACAGUGUCAACACAGAUGCAUUCCCUUUCAGCGAGUGGGACUGUUUGAGGGUGCGAGAGAAAACUGUAGGAUCCCUCUCAUCUCCAAUGGUGAUGUACCACAACUACGUGACAGACCUUCUCCAAAAAGUGAAGACUCUCAUCCUUCAGGGAAGGAUCCAUGUCCAUGUCUCCCUGGCCAACUGUCUGGACUUUCCCAAACACCACCAAAGCCUGAACAUGCCAAACUAUGACCGAAUCUUCACCUCCAACCUUGCUGACUAUCUUGGAAUCCCGACGCUUCUCCAGACUUUUAAACCUCUACUCAAUACCAACAACAGCUUCUCGGUUAUAAUCGUUACGUACAUGAACUGGCUUGGAUUAAUACCACGAGCUGACACAAAGAUAAUGUUCAUGCUUCAGUUCAUGUCCGACAAAUUCCAAGAAUGUUCAGCUGCAUUUUGCGAAGACACCAAAAAGGACUUUCCACUUGGCCCAAACAACUUACGAGAGUAUCACAACAACACCUCCUACUUUCUCCAAUAUCUACGAGCAGACAUCAUGGCAGGGGGGCGUGGGAUUCCGCCACUUGAAGACGUCCCGUCGUUUGGUAGUGUGAAAGGUUACAACGGCAUGCAAAUGCGUAACUUCAGGAAGGGGAUGAAUAAACUUAUCCCUUUCAUGUAUCGUAAGAAUGCCAGGGACCUUACAAUGAUGAAUGGGAGUGACCGUGCUGUUGAGUGGUGCCUGCCUGAAAGUCAGGCUUAAUGACCCCAACUCCAUCAAUGCAGUUUGCCUAAAUGUACAGCUAGGAGCUUCCCAUUUCAAGUCAAAUUUGAAAUGAGUAGAGAACCAAUUACACAUUCUUUAUGCUUGGGUAAUCAUGCCACAUCUAAAUCAACAACGGCAGAAAAAUGACAACUUUGAAAUAAUUACCCAAAUAACUAGUUGACUUUGUAGGUCAGUAAAAGCUACACGUAACCUUGCUCAUCCAUUACAAAUCCUUUAUAUCAACUCCUAUAAACUGUAGGAAGAGUUUGACUUCUCCCCAUUCAAAUUUUCUUUUUGCGGUGUUAAGACAAAUAUGCUAAGAACACUCCAACAUUUCAACCAAACUAGUUUGACUUCUUGUAAAUGAUAAAUAGGGUAGAGUCAAACAAUACUACAGGUGCGGAUCAGGGGGGGUUUGAUGGGUGGAAACCCCCACCCCUGCUCUGAAUCCACCCCCCACCCCUGCCUGAAAAUAAUAGAAAAUAACUAAAGUCAGUGCACCAAUACAAUUGUAAACAAUGUAGGUCAUGUUUAAUGGUUUCCACUUGUCUCCCAAAAUGAGACAGUAAUCCAGCCUGAUCAUCACCCCCCCAGAAAAAUGUCCUGGAUCCGCCCCUGUACUCCCAAAAUCUCCUCUUUUUUUUUGUGCUGAGUGGCGUCACAUUGGUCCAUCUUGGAAUUUAGUACAAAAUUUCUACAACUUCCACUCAGUCAAAAGAUGCCAAAAGAAACACUUGCAAAUUGAGAGAAUUUAACAUCAAUAGAAAAAUUGAAUACUUUUAAAAAACCUUAGGAACUGCCCCAGAUAUUCCACAAGCUCUUCUUCAUAUGUACUGGAAGUUAUGCAGAGUCUGUGAUGGGAUUUCAGAGCUAUGGCUGCAGCUACCUCGGUGGCACACGUGCUUCAUCUGAAGACCUACCGGUAGACUUAGCCCAAGAGGUAAGAUUCAUAGGUGGCCUGCGCUUCAAUAAACAAAAUUA